GGAACAUGAUUCCUAGGCAUAGUAACCAUUGUUUGGAGAGAAGAUACGCUAUCGAACCAAAUGCAGAGAUAUCCAUCAACGACGUUAUAGAGCGAGACUUUGAAGACAAGUCUUACCUUUCAGAGUUGGAAGAACAAGACGAACUACAAAAUGAGUUUCAAAAAUAUUUUGUUCCUGCUCAAGAGACCUCCAGAAAUUAUAAAAACACAAAGAAAGCUAAAAAUUUGGCUUGGUGCAACUUUAUAGAAAAGAAAAAGAUUUCGGACCCUCAAUAUGUAGACACUAGAAGAGCAAGGGAGAGAGAGAGACUACGGAAGAAACGUGAAAGUAAAAGACGAAAGCAGAAGCAACGGUCCGUGGAGGAUGUCUCUAAGGGGGACUGGGUCACAAGUAUUCAUUCUUUGACUCAUAGGGGUCAACUACCAGGAGUCGAUUCUUCGAGUCAAGUCCGCAAAUUGGAUAUUCAAGAACAGCUUUGUGUAACAGAAGAGCGAAUAGGACACUUCAAACGACUAGUAUGGGAGAAUGUGAAAACUAUACAGGAUGACAAUAUGACAAGUUCUGUUUCUUCAUCAUCCACGUUAGAAAAUGUGAGGGAAGCUGUGGUUAUAUUAGAAAGUGCGGAACGGAACGUGCAUUGGCUAUCUAAGCAAUUGGAGGAUUUCACAGCAGCUGUUGACAAUCUCUCACAAGUUGUAGAAACGGCUUGUGAUAAGGUGGAAUCCUCACUGUUACUACAUCACACGCAAAAUCGUCAUCUCCAUCACUUGUUGAGCUGAAAUAUCUUUUGGUUGUUGAGGGGUGCACAAUUUGGG